AAUUCCUCUCGUAAUUCUAUUUAUAUGUUACAAAAUAGUAGCGUACGACAGUUUCCUAGCGUACGAUAGACUUCACACUCCACGGUGGCGGAGUACGAUAACCUCCUUUGUUAUCACCAGCAUGCAAAGGAAAAGUCAGUGUUCAUCUAGCAUCAGAAGUGGGAGGUUGUCGAUAUUUUUCUCUGCGUCUCUUCCCUCCACCCUUCCCUCCCUUCCCUCCCCCUUUUACCUCACCUCCCCCGGGCGUACCUCCAAGGGUGAGGAGAGAGAGAAUGCCUCCGUGAACACAGGGGAAGAGGGAAGAGGGAGAUAAAAGAAAGAAUUGAAAGGGAUUUUUAGCACCUUCGUCAGGAUGUCCUUGGAGAAUAUAAGUGAGGAUGCCGUGGAGCUCCGGCCGGCAGUGCUGUCCCUGGGGCGCCGCGAGGUCGUGGUUCACAGUAACUACUCUAGAAUUGGUGAACAUCUACGUCAGGUGACGCCGACGGAGCUCCAAUGUUCCGUUUUCUGUGGCGGGAAGACUUGCAAAUAUGACUCUUCAGACUGCUGGGGAGAGGAGGACAUGGCCAUUCCGGGGCUCUACUCCCACUGGGUGACAGAGACGAUUUUAGCCACAGCAAGACCGAAUAAAGAGACGAUUCAGAAGAGAGAUUUAGUGGCCCAGUUUCUCAAGCACGACAUACGCACAGUCAUCAACCUACAGCUGGCAGGGGAACAUGCGUCGUGCGGGGGCCCACUGACAGAGGCUGGGUUCUCCUAUGACCCUUCUGUCUUCAUGGAAAACGGCAUCUUCUAUUACAAUUUUGGGCUUCGUGACUAUGGUGAACCUACCCAGAGCUGCAUCUUGGACAUGGUGAAGGUGAUGGCGUUUGCUGCGAGCGAGGGAAAGGUAGCCGUUCAUUGCCACGCAGGAUUGGGUCGUACGGGAGUGCUGAUCGCUUGUUACCUCGUGUACGCCCUCCGAGUCCGGGCUAACGACGCCAUUCGCUAUGUACGACUCAAACGACCCGGGGCGGUGCAAACGACCAGUCAAAUAAUGGUUGUCCAAGAAUUUGAGCAGUUUAUCCUACCACAGCUCUACGUCUUCUCAAAUAGGGAGUUUAUCAAAGACAAGAGGAACCCAGAGUUUACCCUGCAGCAGUACCUUCACCGCCAACGUAAUAUCUUGCACGGCUACGAGGCAAGAACACUCAGGAAUAUUCCCAAGUUAAUAUACGUUGUGUGUGAACGCCUCCUGAAGCUGUGUGGGUGUGAAGGAACCACGGCUCCCCAGCACCUCCUGACUCCCUUAGAGAUAUCCUACACCUUGGGGACUCCUUCAUUCACAUCCUUCUUCCUGUCUGCGCAGUAUGACCACGAAACAAGGGUAUCCUAUUCUGCUCCUCAGUCCCUCGGGUCACCUUCCCUUUCCGCGUCCAUCACUAGCCACAAAGAUCACCCCGAAAGGAACAUAGACAGCCUGCUUGACGAUGGCAUUACAGACCAACCGUUGAGUGACAAUCUGUGCUAUCAGGAGUUGGCCUCGCAAAGUGAUCUACGUAGACAGGCUGAGGACGGCCAUGAGGUAGUGCUAACGAAGGACGUGUACGAGGCGCUGGUAGUGGACCACUCUUUGAUGGAUGUUGAGUUUAAGAAGCACCUGAAGGCGUAUCGAGUUGACCUGAACGUGAAGCAGUCUGCCUGGGAUAAGCUGAAUGCUGAGACCAGUUUGCCGUUGUUGACUGGUUUGCUGUACACGUGGCUGGAGCACCUCAAGUCGCCUGUACUGGGUGUGGAUGCCCUCUCCUACAUUGUCCUGGCAGCAAGCAGACCAGAAGUGUGUCUCCGGAAGCUUGACAAGGAGGCGAGAUACACCUUGGAAUACCUGGUUCGCUUCGUGUCGCGCCUGCAGCCCUUCACUAGACAACAACAGGAAGCCGUCAUCAGAAGAAUCAUAGCCGCAGUCACCCAGCAGGCAGUUCCUGUGAGGGGUGUCUUGCUACCUUCAGUUACUGACCUGCCCGGAAAGAGUGCCAGAUCGGAAGGGGAGAGGAAGAAAUCUGAAAAGAGGCGCGGCUUCAACAAAUUACGAGAGGGGACCUUGCGCAAACUACUGGAAUUCGUAAUGGGGUUGUUUGACCUCGUUUACCUGGAGCCGAGGUCAUCCAGCGCUGUGUCAGUAUCAUCCAACACCACGACCUUCACCAACAGGGUCACGCCGCCGGGUCAGGUCGUCACGCCGCCCCCGGAUGAGAACGGGACUCCUGUAGACACAUCUUAAUAUAUUUUUUUUGUUUUUUUUCGCGUUUAAUACCUGUUCCCGCUGCUCUGUGGGUAAAAGGCGAUGUUUCCAGCAUUGCCCUGUUGUCUGAUGGCGUUUUCCAGGUUCCAGGGGUGUUGUAAGGUGUUGUAAAGGUGUUUCCAGCAUCUACGUGUGUUUUUGGCGUGUUUUCCAGGUCCCAGAGGUGCUGUAAAGGUGUUGUAAGGGUGUUUAAGAGUGUUUUCCAGGCCCCAGGGGUGUUGUAAGGUGUUGUAAAGGUGUUUCCAGCAUCUACGUGUGUUUUGGGGUGUUUUUUCCAGUAUUUUUUUUGUUUAAGAGUGUUUUCCAGAUUCCAGCAGUGUUGUGUUGGUGUUUUUCAUGGACCUGUGUGUUGUGGAGCUGUUUUCCAGGCUCCAGGUGUGUUUCCAGCGUCUCCCUGUGUUGUGGAAGCUAUUUUUCCAGUUUCCAGUUCACCUCGUGUUUUUUCAGCAGCUCCAGGUGUAAAUGAAGGGUGUUUCCAGCGUCCAAGUGUAUUGUUUUAGUGUUUCCAGGAUCUGAGUGUGUUCCAGGUGUGUUUCCAGCUUGCCCCUGUGUUGUGGAGGCAGCUUUCCAGUUUUCAGAUGUGUUGUGUGGGUGUUUCCAGCGUUCAAUUGUGUUUCUUUGGCCUGGAACGUUCUCAGAGGGUGUUUCCAGGACCUGAGUGUGUUCUGGGUGUGUUUCCAGUGUUUGCUUGUGUUUCUGGGUCUUUUUUCCGGUUUCCAGGAGUGUUGUGUGGGUUUUUCCAGCGUUUAAUUGUGUGUUUUUUGGACUGGAACUUUCUCAGAGGGUGUUUCCAGGAUCUGAGUGUGUUCUGGGUGUGUUUCCAGUGUUGCCCUGUGUGGUGUGGGCGGUUCUUGCUCCUGGUUCACUCCUGGUUCACUCCCGGUUCAUUACUGGUUCAUUCUUGGUUCAUUCUUGGUUAAUUUUUGGUUCAUUUUUGGUUCAAUCUUGGUUCACUUCUGGUUCACUCUCGGUUCACUCCCGGUUCAUUACUGGUUCAUUCUUGGUUCAUUCUUGGUUCAUUUUUGGUUCAAUCUUGGUUCACUCCUGGUUCACUUCUGGUUCACUCCUGGUUCAAUCUUGGUUCAAUCCUGGUUCACUCUGGUUCAAUCCUGGUUUACUCUGGUUCAAUCUUGGUUCAAUCCUGGUUCACUCCUGGUUCACUCCUGGUUCACUUCUGGUUCACUCCUGGUUCACUUUUGGUUCAAUCUUGGUUCACUUCUGGUUCACUCCUGGUUCACUCCUGGUUCAAUCUUGGUUCACUUCUGGUUCACUCCUGGUUCCCUGUUGACUCGUGUUCGUCUUUCGUGGGCCAGAUUCAAUCUCCCGGUGCAUAAGUGGCUGGCUUCGUGGUGACUGCCUUACUCUCUUCUUUCCAUGUGUCGUGGGUUCGAUGUCAGGUUCCUCCUAGUCACUGGCUGUCUGGUAAAUGACUUGUCUAGAAUUUGAGUGUCCCAGGGUUCGGUUCUUGGUAUCUCUGUGUCACUGGCUGCCUGCUUAAUGGCGUGCCCCUGUUUUGGGUGAUCCAGUUCGAUGCCUUGAGGGUGUUUACUCGCUGGCUCUCUGGAAAAUGGCUUGUUUAGGCUUUGGGUGUUCCUGGGUUCGGUUCCUAGUCCUCCUCUGGUGUUUGGCUCAUUGGUAAACGUCUUGUCUAGGCUUUGAAUGUCCCUGGGUUCGGUUCCUGGUCCUCCUGUGAUCGCUGGCUCUCUGGAAAAUGGCUUGUCUAGGCUUUGGGUGUCCUGGGUUCGGUUCCUGGUCCUCCUGUGAUCGCUGGCUCUCUGGAAAAUGGCUUGUCUAGGCUUUGGGUGUCCUGGGUUCGGUUCCUGGUCCUCCUGUGAUCGCUGGCUCUCUGGAAAAUGGCUUGUCUAGGCUUUGGGUGUCCUGGGUUCGGUUCCUGGUCCUCCUGUGAUCGCUGGCUCUCUGGAAAAUGGCUUGUCUAGGCUUUGGGUGUCCUGGGUUCGGUUCCUGGUACUUCUGUUGUCACUGGCUCUCUGGGAAAUGGCUUGUCUAGGCUUUGGGUGUCCUGGGUUCGGUUCCUGGUCCUCCUGUGAUCGCUGGCUCUCUGGAAAAUGGCUUGUCUAGGCUUUGGGUGUCCUGGGUUCGGUUCCUGGUACUUCUGUUGUGACUGGCUCUCUGGGAAAUGACUUGUUUAGGCUUUGGGUGUCCUGAGUUCGGUUCCUGGUACUUCUGUUGUGACUGGCUCUCUGGGAAAUGGCUUGUCUAGGCUUUGGGUGUCCUGGGUUCGGUUCCUGGUCCUCCUGUGAUCGCUGGCUCUCUGGAAAAUGGCUUGUCUAGGCUUUGGGUGUCCUGGGUUCGGUUCCUGGUACUUCUCUUGUCACUGGCUCUCUGGAAAAUGGCUUGUCUAGGCUUUGGGUGUCCUGGGUUCGGUUCCUGGUCCUCCUGUGAUCGCUGGCUCUCUGGAAAAUGGCUUGUCUAGGCUUUGGGUGUCCUGGGUUCGGUUCCUGGUCCUCCUGUGAUCGCUGGCUCUCUGGAAAAUGGCUUGUCUAGGCUUUGGGUGUCCUGGGUUCGGUUCCUGGUACUUCUGUUGUGACUGGCUAUCUGGGAAAUGGCUUGUCUAGGCUUUGGGUGUCCUGGGGUUCGAUUACCAGUCACGUGUGAAUACUGGCUCUGUGGUUAAUGUCUUGUCCAUGGUUUCAGAUGACCCAGGGUUCGAUGUCUGGACACUGAACUAGCUGGCUCAUUGGUAAAGUGGCUUGUUAAAUUU